AUGUCACUAAACAAUGUUUUCAUUUUCAUUCUCCUUUGUUGUUUUUCUCUGAUUCAUAAUGUUGCUUGUGCUGAUUAUGGAACAGCACUUACAAAAAGUUUGUUGUUUUUUGAGGGACAACGUUCAGGUGUGUUGCCUUCUAACCAGAGAGUAACUUGGAGAGGAGAUUCUGCACUUAAAGAUGGCCAAGAUGCUGGGAUUGACCUAGUUGGAGGAUAUUAUGAUGCUGGAGACAAUUUGAAGCUAGGUUUUCCAAUGGCAUUUACAACAACAAUGCUAUCAUGGAGCACAAUAGAGUUUAAAGACCAACUUGGAAAAAAGAAUGAGCUUACAAAUGCAUUAGCAGCCAUAAAAUGGGGAACAGACUACUUGAUGAAAGCACAUCAACAACCAAAUGUUUUGUAUGGAGAAAUUGGUGAUCCUGAUUCAGAUCAUCAAUGUUGGCAAAGACCAGAGGAUAUGUCAACACCUAGAAAUUCUUAUAAGAUUGAUGAACAACAUCCUGGCUCUGAUCUUGCUGCUGAAACUGCUGCUGCUUUGGCUGCUGCUUCCAUUGCUUUUCAAUCUGUGGACAAUGAUUAUGCCUCCAAAAUGCUAGUUCAUGCGACACAACUGUUUGAUUUUGCAAACAAUAACCAAGGCUUAUACCACAAUAGUAUCCCACCAGCAGCAAAAACAUAUUCCAGUAGUGGAUAUAAGGAUGAAUUACUAUGGGCAGCAGCAUGGCUUUACCACGCUACAAACUUGAAAAAAUACCUCGAUUACCUUGGAGGAGCAGGCGACAAUGGAGGUGCUAGAACAAUGUUUAGUUGGGAUGACAAGUAUCUUGGUGCACAGAUUCUUGCUGCAAAGCUUGUUUUAGAUGGGACAGUGGAGUCUUCAGGUAUUUGGACUCAAUACAAAGCAAAUGCAGAACAAUUCAUAUGUUCAUGUGCACAAAAAUCAACUCAAAAUUUUCAGAAAACACCAGGAGGUUUGUUAUGGUUUCAGCCAUGGGGUAAUAAUCAAUAUGUUUCAACUGCUACAUUUGCAAUGUCCACUUAUUCUCAAUAUUUAUCUACAAAACAAGCUUCCCUUCAAUGUAAUAGUGGUGUUGUCAGUCCUUCUGAUCUCACUUCUCUUGUUCAAGCUCAGGUGGACUACAUAUUGGGUUCUAAUCCAAAACAGAUGAGUUACAUGGUGGGAUAUGGAUCAAAUUAUCCACAACAAAUUCAUCAUAGAGGAGCUUCAAUUAUAUCAAUCAAGCAAGAUAGUUCACCAUUAGGAUGCAAAGAUGGCUUUGAAAAAUGGUUCAAUAAAAAUGCACCAAACCCUAAUACAUUAGAAGGAGCAAUUGUGAGUCCAGAUCAAAAUGAUGAUUUUACGGAUAAUAGAAAUGACUACCAAUUAGGAGAACCAACUACUGUUUCUGUUGCACCUUUAGUUGGUGUUCUUGCUUAUCUAGCUUAA